AUGGAUUCAUUUAACGGAAUCUCAGACAACCUCUACCACAUAAUCCUCACCACGUCCCACAUCCAAAAGAAUCCCAACAAUGUGGUCGAAAAGGUCCGUGUUCCCGGUACCUACACCUCGCUCAUGACAGCCAAGGCAGCGGCCCAUAGCUGUCUCUACGAGGCCGGAUACGAAAGAGACUGGUUCGAAGUCUACGAAACUAAGAUCGAGGCCAUUGCGGGAGAGGCACAGAGAGGCAAUCUCCCGGAGCGCAGAGGGUUAAUGGUCUAUGCCAUCGCUCCCGAUGGGACAACCUUCCGAGUUCGAAUCAACACCACGGCCAAUGAUAAGAAUCUCACCAGUGACCUUCCGGAUGGCCGGAUCUCGGUACCGCUGUACUAUGUCAUCCAAGCGAACGUUGAGUACAGUGGCGAUGAAGGGAGCCUGGUGCGAGAUAUCAAUGUGGAAGGAACAUUCACUUCUUACGACGAGGCGAGGGAGUUUGCGAGUGGCGUGCUGCUGUCUGCAGAGGAUGGCAUCACGAAAGAAAGCUUUGCAAACUAUACUGAGGCAGCGCCGAGUGAAACGGACUGUGGGUUUGGAGAGAAUGUCAUUGUGCAUGCGGCUUCCGAAUAUGGGACGAAUUAUAUGGUGACUGUCAUUAAGAACCAGGAACUCCAGGCUGUGAAACUGGCAGAAGCGGCGAUGAAAAUCCGCUGA